AUGGCGACUGUGAAACUCUCUCUUUCCUUCGUUUCACCUUCUUCUUCUUCUUCAACUCAAUCAAAGCUAUCAGCGGCGUCUCUCUUCCCCAAUGCGGCGCGUGCGUUUAACGCGACACCUUCGCCGGCGAAGUCGCGACUCAUGGGUAAGUCCCUGAGAGCAAAACCGAUGAAAUCCAUAUCUCCUCGCUCCGGCGGAAUCACCUGCUCUGCUUCAUCUUCUCCGGCGACUCUUCCCUCUGCUCUUCUAUUCGACUGCGACGGCGUGCUUGUUGAUACCGAGAAGGACGGUCACAGGAUCUCCUUCAACGACACUUUCAAAGAGAGAGAUUUGGGUGUAACCUGGGAUGUCGAUUUGUACGGCGAGCUACUCAAAAUCGGUGGUGGGAAAGAAAGGAUGACGGCGUAUUUUAACAAGGUUGGGUGGCCGGAGAAAGCUCCAAAGGACGAAGCAGAGAGGAAAGUGUUCAUAGCUGGGCUUCACAAGCAGAAGACUGAGCUUUUCAUGGUCCUCAUCGAGAAAAAGCUGCUUCCUCUUCGACCCGGUGUUGCCAAGCUGGUUGAUCAAGCUCUAACGAAUGGAGUAAAAGUCGCUGUGUGCAGCACUUCAAAUGAGAAGGCGGUUUCUGCUAUAGUUUCAUGCUUGCUUGGACCAGAACGAGCAGAGAAGAUCAAGAUAUUCGCAGGAGAUGUAGUUCCCAAAAAGAAACCUGACCCGGCCAUAUACAACUUAGCAGCUGAAACCCUUGGAGUUGAUCCCUCAAAAUGCGUUGUGGUUGAAGACAGUGCGAUUGGACUAGCAGCAGCAAAAGCUGCGGGAAUGACUUGUAUAGUUACAAAGAGCGGAUACACAGCGGAUGAAGAUUUUGAGAACGCAGACGCUGUAUUCGAUUGCAUUGGAGACCCUCCGGAGGAGAGAUUUGAUCUUACCUUCUGUGGAAGCCUUCUCCAGAAACAGUUUGUUACUUAA